UCUCGCCGUACUCCAAUGCCAGUUCUCCGUUCCCGUAAUCUCGACGCGUUCAAAUCCCGCCAUCUUUUCCUACUCCUGAUCGCAUCCUCGCCGUCGGUCCGGCGAUUUACGCCGUGAACGCGAUGUGGCGCCACCGCCGUCUCCAGGAGAUGAAGCGCCUCUUCCGGUGCGUGGAGGCGCUCGCCGCCGUCCUCCUCCUCUCGUGGUCCUCCGCCCGCCUCGCCGCCGCUGCCCGCCUCUCCGGUGACCUCCUCCGUCGCCUCGCUGCCCUCCUCCUCAGUCCCCGCUUCGUCUUCCUCCUUGGCAACGCCAUCGUCCUCGUCCUCUUCGCCAAGUCCGGCCACUCCUCUCCUUCCCGCGCCGCCGCCUCUUCCCCGGCCGGAGGCGGCGACAUCUACGACGAGUUCGUCGACCGCCGGAGACAGAUGAUGCAGUGCUCGGCGGCGGAGGUUGUGUACGAGGACAAGAAGGUGUGCGUGGAGGGGCGAGCGUGCCGCAAGAGCCAGUCGGAGAGACUGGAGCGGGGUCCGAUAGAGCCGGAGCUCCGGUGGUCGUGGACGGAGAUCGAGGGUUCCGGCCCGAAACAGCCGCUGGCGUCGGAGGAGGAUGCGGAGGAGUUCCGGCGUACGGUUGAGGCGUUUAUAGCGAAGCAGCUGAGGUUCCACCGGCAGGAGUCCAUGUCCACGGCCGUUGCCUCCUCCGCAGGAACAGCAGAACCAGAUAAAUAAAAUAAUACCAGAAAUUAAACUUAGAAUGUUAAAAUCCCUGUGUCGUUUUCUUUCCUGCUUAUAUUUCUCCAUAAAAUUUGUAGAAGCUGUAGAUUGUUCAGAGAAAGUUUAAUUUUGGAGAAAAAUCUUGACAUCAUCGUCCCGAGGAUG